GUCCUUCUUGUCGCGUGCGAUCACUCUUCAAUAUCUGCAACCUCACCUCAGGCUGCCUAGUGCUUGUGCGUUCAAUUGGCGCGGUCCUUGACUGCCAGGCAUACACUGUCUCUUCGGGCGCUCAGCCCUGACUCCACGGCCUACAUCGUUUCAGCACCGCAUGUCCUCCUCUCCAUGCAAUAUUCCGCUCGAGCUAGUGGACGACAUAUGCGGACAACUUGCACCACAAACGGAUCACCAACAUCUCUACGUCAAUGACGAACGGAAUCGCCCUGCGAGGACUGCUCUGGCAAGGUGUGCACGGGUGUGUCGUGCGUUCCACACGUCGGCUGUGAGGGUUCUUUGGAGACGGCUGGAGCUGAGCACCAUUUGCGAAGCUGUCUUACGAGACUUCAGUUCCGGCUUCGUCAAGUGGCCUACGAAUGAAGAGGAAUUCAUGGGAGGACAUGAAUCAGACGACGAGGCUAACGAGGAUAUGGCAGUAGGCAUUGAUUCAUAUACCUACCGAUAUAACUACAAAUACGUCUCAGGCCCCAUUUCUGUGGAGGAAUGGGCACGAUUCAAGCACUAUGCGCCUUUCGUACGCGUCCUCCGCUACGGAAUAGGGGAUACCAUAGAACCAUCCAUUUUCCUUUUCCUUCAGCAGCAUGCCCAUGGCCAGCCGCUCUUUCCAAAUCUGCGCGAACUUAUAUGGGAGCAUGCCACGCCCGAAAUCAUAUCGGUGACUUCCCCCUCGAUUCGUGUCCUGCGCCUUCCCGAAGACUUGAAUAUGAGGGAGAACGGUCAUCAGACGUACGAAUACGGGUACCGCAUGCGGCGACAUGCUUUCAAGCAAAUGCUUCCUGCCGUGCUACAGGCGCUCCCCAACCUCGAAGAGCUCGAGCUCCGAAAAUUGGCACACGAAGCAUUCUGGUUUCCCUUCUGGCAGUCGGUGCCUAGCGGUCGUUUCGUCAGCCAGACAAUCCGGACCCUCUGCAUCUCUGAAUCCCGCCGAGCCCUCACCCGGGCCGCCCUAGCUGCAAUCUCGACCAUCCCUGGGCUCACUACGCUCGAGAUCGAUAUGGACGAACGCGGCGGCAUGCAUGACCCUCAAGAGGACAACAACGACGGCGGGGUGGCGGUGCUUGCCGAUGCAAUAAUUGCGCCCGGACUGGAGGACGUGGAAAUAUGGUUCAAGUCUCAAUGGUCUACGGAGGAGGGGGGUCCCGAUGUAGUGGCAGUCGCGCUCCACGCGAUCUUCGACGCGCUGCGUCGCAGGAAUGCUGGGUCUCUACGGAGGCUUUGUCUGAUUGACCUAAUCUGCUCUCAAUCUCUGUUUGCCGGUGGGACAACAGCUGCUACGCCUUUCCACGCGGUGGCUUCUCCACUGCUCGCACUCCAACGUCUCCAGGACGUCGUGAUCCAGGAGGAGUCCCCCAACGAUAUCGAUGUCCCCGGCUUGGUGGCAGCAUGGCCCACGGUACGAUCGCUCGACUUGCCAAACCUAUUCCUUACCCUCAACUCGCUGCGCGACAUCGCGCGUACAUGUCGUCAGCUCGAAUGUCUAACAGUGUGGUCUCUGGGAGACGAGUAUGGCCUUCAAGUUAACCAACUCUCCCAGGCCACUCAACAGCGCAAAUCAAGUUCUUCCGACACGGACAGUGCCCCGGGUUCGGAGGCGACAGGGUGCGCGCUUCGAGAGCUGCACGUCGACGAACCACUCUUCAUCGAGCACCGGUCUGACAUCAAUAUCGUCGCUCGCUUUCUGGACUCGCUUUUCCCUCAACUUGACGUUGGGCGCUCUUCGCGGUUCGUCGUCUUCAACGGGGAAGACCCGAAGGAUGACGCUGCGAUCAUGGAGCAAGUGACGAGGCUGCAACUGGCGCGGAAACAGCAUGUGUAA